AUGGUACUGGAAGACUUUAACACGCUACCCUUAAUAAAAUGCAUAAGAGAAGACACCCUUGACAAUGUACUCAAAUUCCUUGAGGAAAAUUAUAAAGAGUAUGAAGUUAAUGACAAUGGAGAAUAUAAAAGCAAAAUAGAAAUUGUGGAUAAACAGACUCACUCCACUCCUUUGUUUUACGUGACUGCUCGGAAGAAUGAUGAAGAGUCUGUGGAGCUAUGUAAAUUAUUGAUUGAACGAUUUGCCAUUUGCAAUCCCACGUCCAAAGAUUUAAUGAAACAGACUUGCUUGUUUUAUGCUGCCAGAGAAGGGCAUACGAAUUUGUGUACUUAUUUAAUUGAGAAGGGUUGUAACCCAAAUGACGCAGAUAAUUUUGGGCAGACGUGCCUCUUUUAUGCUUCAAGAGAAGGGAAGACUCAAUGUGUUGAAGUUUUACUAAAGAAAGGGGCCAACCCUAACUUACUCGAUUUGAAUAAACAGACUUGUUUGUUUUAUGCGUGCAGGGAUGGCAGGUACGACACGGUGAAGUGUCUGCUAGAGAACGGGGUUAACCCCGCCAUUAAAGAUGCGCAGAGGCGAACCGCUUUGACGUUCGCUAAGGGGAAUGGGCACAACAACAUUAUCAACUUGCUCAAAAAUGUCAAGACACUGACUAAGCCUUCUGGGGAGGCGGCCAGCACAGCAGGUGCCCAAGGAGGGAUUGUAAAAAGUGAGAACAAUGCAAUUGCCAGCACCCCAGAGGAUCCCAACAAUAACGUUAACGCUUUGCGCAAGAAGUACAAGUUACAGUACAGGCCGCUAGAGGAAGAAGACCCGGAGCUGUGGGUGGAUGCGCCAUUGAUAAAGUUAAAAGAAUUUGAGAGGAAGUUCCCUGACGUGGCUUUAUGGCCAAGGAACGUAACGACCACACCAAACGUAGAAGUGAAUCACUCAAAUGAUCCUUUCAACAAGCAGUGGUAUCUUUUAGCUAACCAAAUAAUUCAGAGUCUAAGCAAGUAUGAAGGGGGACAUAUUUUUGAAAAACUAGUAGAUGCGAAAAAACAAAAUUGCCCAGAUUAUUACGACGUUAUAAAAAAUCCAAUGUCAUUUAAUUGUGUAAAGACAAAAUUGAAAAAGGGCCAAUACGGAUUGCCAACUGAAUUUAUUAAAGACAUCCAAUUAAUAUUUGAUAAUUGUAGUUUGUACAAUACGUCUGGGUCCCUUGUGGCCAUUACGGGAAAGAAUAUCGAAGCUUAUUUUAACAACCAGCUAAUUGUGACAGGGUACAACAACUUCGUCACCAAGGCGAACACAAUAAAUGAGCGUUUGCAAAAAGUGGAGGAUGAAAAUAUCAAGUGGAGUGCUGAGCACGAACAGGUCGUUAUGGAAGAACAGCCUGGUGAAGAGAACAAAGAGCAGCAGGCAGUUGCACCGGCCGCAUGA